AUGGACUCCCGGUGCUUCCUCGCCGUCCUCUUCCUCCUCCUCUCCCUGCACCCGCACCUCGGCGCCUCCUACCUGCGCGCCAGGAACAACUACAUCGUCCACCUCGACCCAAGGUCCCGCCCCGCCGAUUCCCUCCAGGACUGGCACCGCUCCUUCCUCCCGCAGGCAACGGUGCCGCUCGAUUCGGACGACGACGCCGGCCCGCGCAUUAUAUACUCCUACACCGACGUCUUCACCGGCUUCGCGGCGCGGCUCACGGACGAGGAGGCCGACGCGCUGCGGGCCACGGACGGCUGCCUCAGGCUCUACCCGGAGGCCUUCCUGCCGCUCGCCACCACCCGCUCGCCAGGCUUCCUCGGCCUCCGCCUCGGCAACGAGCGCUUCUGGACCCGCUCCGGCUUCGGCCGCGGCGUGGUCAUCGGGAUCCUCGACACCGGUAUCCUCCCCAGCCACCCCUCCUUCGGCAACGACGGCAUCGACCCGCCCCCCAAGACCUGGAAGGGCGCCUGCGAGUUCAGGUCCGUCGCCGGCGGCGGCUGCAAUAACAAGAUCAUCAGCGCGCGCGCGUUCGGCAGCGCCGCGGUCAACUCCUCCGCGCCCCCGUCGACGACGCGGGCCACGGCACCCACACGGCCAGCACCGCCGCGGGCAGCUUCGUGGAGAACGCAAACGUCCGGGGGCAACGCCGACGGCACCGCCUCCGGGAUGGCCCCGCACGCGCACCUCGCCGUCCGCCGCUUCCUACCCGCCCUCCGCGGGGCCUUCAACGGCGUGCGCGACGGCGCGCCUGGCGAGGAGGUCCCCUGGCCGGCAUCUCGUCGAACACCUUGCGGCGCGCGGCGAUGA